CUGUCGCGUCAGGGCCUCAGGGUAAGGUGCCGUCUUACAGUAAACAUCUCCAGGCCACGGCCACGUAUACAGCAGUGCAGACAAAAGAAGACACCGCGAAACACCUUCGCAAGACGACCGACAGGUGGGUUUUUCGUCGUGGGUGUGGCGUGGCAACAUAUCGUCAUUCUCUGCGGCACUAGACGAACUUUUGUGACACGUUCAGUGUGUUUUUAACAUUCCAGAGUUUUGGUCUACUCGUAACGUUCACUACCACAAGUCACCAUGCCGGCUCUGAAUUCAAUGACCGUCUCGUUUGAGAAGAAUAUGGACGUCUUCCAAGCUGGACAGAUCGUCAGGGGACAGGUGGACGUGGAUCUUAAGGAAGACAUGAAGAUGAGAGGCAUCAACAUAAAACUGAAGGGCUCUGCAAAGGUUCACUGGACGGUCCACACGGGUAAAACAACUAUCUAUUACCACGGCAGGGAAUCCUACUUCGAUGACACGAUGUCACUUUGGGGCCAAGGUAAGAGUCAGUCUGGAGAAGACCCCGUGCUGACAGCGGGUCGGCACAGCUUCCCGUUCCAGUACCAGCUGCCCAGCGCAGGUCUGCCGUCCUCCAUCGAGGGUUGUUACGGCUACGUGCGGUACCGCGCCAAGGCCGUCAUCGACAGGCCUUGGAAGUUCGACAAGACGGCAACCAAGUAUUUCACCGUGCUGGACAUGUACGAUCUAAACCAGGAUCCAGACGCGAUGACAAUACAAACUGCUGAAGAUUCCAAGAAGCUUGGUGUCUGGCCCUUCGCUUCUGACCCUAUCGAAGUUCACGUGCAAACCGACCGGGGUGCGUACUGUCCUGGAGAGACCAUCCGGCUCAGCGGGACCCUAAAGAACGGUAGCGGCACCGACAUCAAGGAGACAACGGUCCAGAUCCGACAGAGAGUGACGUUCAUUGCUACCAGCCCACACAAGAGCAAAAGAAACAGCCGGGACACACUGAGCGAAAUCAAAGGUUACGGCUGCAAAAGCAAGGACGAAGUCGACCUGAGUAAGAUCUCCAUUCAAGUUCCCGCCAUCCCGCCUUCGUCUCAGCGCUACUGUAACGUCAUCGACGUUGUCUACAAGCUGAAGUUCAUUGUGAACAUCCCCGGAAUGCACACCGACAUGGAGGUGGACCUUCCCAUCACCAUCGGCUCCAUCCCGCUCAAGAGUUAUUACCCACAAGACCCCUCGUUCCCCUUACAUCCGGUGGAACAGCCGCCACCACCUUCCCAGGGUGCAUUGUACCCAGAUCUCGGGUUUGCCCAGUGGACGUACCCAGGAGCCACUGACCCAAGUGCACCCCCUCCUCCCUACUACGCCGUGUCUAGUACGGGCCCGGUGACCAUCAAAGACGACGAGGAAAAGGGCGACAAAUACGACAUGGGAACGAAGCAGUUCGCUCCGAAGUACACCUACUACGACUGGAGCAAACACUCGUAGAUAGAAAACAAAAAUUGUAGCUGGUACAAUGCAUAGCAGAUGAUAAGAUUAUUAGCUGGUAUGGAUUUAUAAAAAUUCUACUUAUAGGUACAACGGGUACUGAGUGUUGAAUAAGGUGGAGAUAGCACUCUUAGAUAAGUUUGACGUUUCACGUAAUUACUCCGUUCAAACAAAGCCUAUGUUUUGUUUUUGUAGAGCUUAUAGCACACACAGCUAUUCUUAUUAUUAAUAAUAAUGGUUUAUUUCAAAUGCAAUAUUGCAUAAACACAGUUGUUGAAUUAUGUGUAACUGUUUACAAAAAUGUAACAUUUUGAAGAUAACCAUAGACAUAGUAACAUAAGUAGUCGAGUAUUAAGUUUAAAAUUACGGAUAGGUGGCGAAUUGAAACAGUGGGCAUUGUAUAGUAAACAUGUUAUUAGAUAAAAGCAUUUCAAGGUAAAGAUAUAGACCCAAGAGUAGAGGCCAGCGUUAUUUCUAGACCACAUUUCUGUUGGUACAAAAUCAACCAAAUUUUUAAAAUUUAGUUACAGAUUAACCAAGGUAAUGGUGAGAAAUGUUGGUGUGUUUCACAAUUUGGUCGUUGGGCUCUCUUUUUUUUAUUAUGAUAUCUAUAUGGCAUUUAUCUCUAAUUUCUUAAGAUUUCUGAAAGGGACUAAAAUAUAUUGCUCUUAGGUACGUACAGUACCCAAAGCGAUAUUAGGGAAGUAAAACAGGCAAUUUUUUGGUCAUUUUUUAAAUGUAGUAAGUUGAAAACAUUCCAUUCCAUAGCAUACUGAUAUCUGUAAGGCAUAAAUGUGAUGUUGCUGAUGGAAAACGGUUGCUUGUUUUGUAUCGUAGACUGGAUCUAGCUAUUUAUAGGCGGUACCAAAAAAUAAAGGGGAAUGCUCUGACUCUGUGUUCGUUAUGGUAAACUUUCAAAGUCAUCACACACCAAACAACGAAAAUGUUCAUCAAAACGAAAACACUGAAAAAUGAGCAUAACAACGGCCUUGUCACAAAUUUGUUAGGAUUUAUUCUUUAACCACGUCAAAUAUUAAUAUUAACACAACAGUACACGUAUUAUAUUAACAAAAAAUCAACAUUAGAGAAAGAUCUUUAUUGACCCAAGAACGAAGACUGGGCCGAUCCUAAAAUAUUCCUUGAAAUGAUUCCAGUGAAAUAAUUAAAUCUCUCUCAAACAAUCUAACUGAACGUUAAAAACAAAUAUUAAAUGGUACAUUACAAAUGCACACCAAGA